AUGGAAGGUGUUGUAAAAACCUCUAUUUUAACAGCGAUUAGUGCAAUAACUAAAAAUAAAAACAAUAGCAAAAAUAAUAAUAAAAGCAAUAAUAACAAUACUAUAAAACCGAAUAGGAAUACCACAACAACCACGACCACGACCACGACGACACCUACAUCAAAACGAUCUAAUAUAUAUAGUGGCAGCUCAAGUAGUAGCUCAAGCAGUAGCAGCAGUGGAUUGGGAAUACCAUAUGGCACUAGUAGCAGCGAAGAAAUUGCAACAUUGGACGACUCGGACCCAGACCAUGAAAUUUCAACAUCUUCAAGCUCCGAAACUGAUUUCCUUCAAAAUUCUCCAAGGACAGUUCAAGAUCAUUUAAGAAUAUUAAGAUCUGAUGAUUUAUCAAAUCAAAUGGUUAUUAAAAAAUUAGAUUCAGUCCAUGUUCUUUCAUCAGUUGUUUCUUAUUCCGAAAGUUUAGCAUUAUUAUCCAAUUUAAAUAGUAUUUCAGUUGUUGUCAACUCAUUAAACUCACUAUUAGCAUUAGAAAUGAUCAGUAAAAAUCAAAAUACAUUAAUGAUUAAACUUGGUUUACUUUUAGGAAAUUUAUUACAAUACCCAGAAAAUCAAAAGAAAAUUAUUGAAACCCGUUUUAUCUCCACACUUGUAAAUUUAAUUAAUGAUGAUGAUGCUGAAAGAGCUGAUUUUUCAUUAUUCUCUUUAUUUAAUUUAUCACAAAAUGAGGAAUGUGGUACAGAAAUUAUAUUAUCACAAGGUAUUAAAGAAGUUAUAACAUUAUUAGAAUCAAAAAAAGCCACAAACUCAUUAAAAAAACAAGCAUUACAAAUUAUUUUAAAUAUGUACCUAGAAUCUGAAAAUUUAAGAUCAAUGAUUUCUUCAGAAAAUGAACAAUUAAUUGGUGUCUUAAAAUACAUUAUUGCAAAUAAUUCCAAAAGCGAUUUUUCCGAACUUGCUUCAAAAAUUUUAAAUAUGAAUUAUGAACACCAAAAAUAUAUUAACGAUAAUUAUAGCCAAAAUUAUAGUGAUGAAGAAGAAGAGGAUGAAGAUGAAGAUGAAUAAAAAGAUACAACUAGUUAAUAAUUAAUAAUAAUAAUAAUAAUAAUAAUAAUAAUAAUAAUAAUAAUAAUAAUAAUAAUAAUAAUAAUAGAGAUAAAAAUAAAUAGUAGUUUAUCAUCAUCUCAUAAUAUAGAAUAUAAAAAAUUAAAAAAAAAAUUAUAAAAUAAAAAUAAAAAUAAAAAUAAAAUAUACCACUAAACGUCACAUAUAUUUUAGUUUAAACC